AAAAAACCCAUAAUUCCGACAAUUUCUCCCUAAGCCUUCCUCUUUGUCCACUCCCCAGAAAAUACAGUAGAUUAUCUAAUUUCUGACCCCGCUUUCGGAGAUCAAGAUGAAAGAAAAAGUCAAAGCAACUCUCCCUACCUAAACCAUGAAAGGAUAAUCAUAUUUAUAAAUUAAGGAAAAGAAAAGAAAUAUUUAAGAAAAUGUCAGCUUUUCAUUUCUCUUGCUUUGUAUAAUUCAUAUAUAAAUUCGUUCUCAUCUGAAUCUCUUUCUUCUUUAUUGCCUAUUAAUGGACACUGAUUUCUGGACCUCUCGUAUAGCCGCCGCCAAGAGGCAAUUCAAUCUACAGCACCACCACCAUCUCAGCAACAGCAGCGGCGGGGGUGGCCACCACUCCUCUCAAUUGGAUCGGUUUAACAUAGAUGAUUUCGAGGUUGAAGAAGAGGUCCGACCUGAUUUCCCAUGCCCGUAUUGUUACGAGGAGUUUGAUAUUGCCUCCCUUUGCUCACACCUAGAAGAUGAACACUCUUUCGAAUCCAGAGCCACCGUUUGUCCUGUUUGCUCAGUUAAAGUUACAAGCGAUAUGUUAAGUCACAUAACACUGCAACAUGGAUACUUGUUCAAGUUGCAGCGACGUCGUAGUAGGUCACGUAGAGUUGCUAUUCCCAACAGUCAAGCACUCUCUCUGUUGGGAAGGGAUCUGCGCGAAGCCCAUUUACAGUUGCUUCUUGGAGGCAGUGGAUAUCGAUCAAACAAUGCAACUUCAUCCAACGCAACCACUGAUUCUUUUCUCUCGUCUCUUGUUUCAAAUUUGUCUGCAUCUGAAACUGAUGAAAUUUCAAAAUCUGUGAUGUCAAGUAUCGGGGACAAUUCCUCUACGCGUGUGACCUCACAAAAUAUAUGGAAGUCAAGUUUUGAUUCAUCUUUAAGUCGUGAAGAGCGAGAAAAGGGAACGAGACAGGCAGCAGGAAGAGCUGUUUUUGUCCGAGAUCUGCUCAUAUCAACUUUGUUAGCUGACUAGUGGAAGCAUUUUGUAGGUGUCGAGGCUAGUUUACAGUGACUGGUAAACCCGGAUGUGAACAGGCUAUGUUGAUGAUGAUAUUAACAGGCUGGAAAACUGCGAAGGCCAAGUGACACCAAGGAUGCCGACUCCUGGAAGUCUAAUAUAUUGAAUUGCAAUGGAGGAACAUUAUUUAUCCAAUGUAGAUGAAUUUUCUCAAAAAUGUCACAGCGAAUUGUAUGUCUGAAUUGAUAAUAUGUAUCCAUCUUUAAUCUAAGCUAAACUAAACGUAAUUUGGCAUCAUGGUUAGUAAUAUUGCAAGAUCUUCAGACUUCGAACA